GUUUCCACUUUAGUGUAAGGUUGGAUCGUGUGGAAGCGCUCGGGAGACUAUCACCCUACGCUUGGGACUUUUUAAUCACCUGGUUACGGACUGUGCGUAUUCAUCAGCGCGGUGGAAACGGCUGUGCGUAAAAGAUAACCGGGGGGAAAUACAACAUGUCAGACAGCGCUGGGUGUGAUUUCGAAAUAGACGUGGAAAGUUUGGAGACUGAGAGCGACGACAUGGCAGAGGCGCACAGCCGCCCCGGGUCUGCUCCGCUCGGGCCCUCCACGCCGUCAGAGGAGGACGGCGAAGGAGUCCGGGCCGAAGACAAACCGGGAGCAAGUGGCCUGUCUGGGGACCAGAGGAAGUUAAGCCGGACCCCUAAAUGCGCACGAUGCCGAAACCAUGGCGUGGUGUCGUGUCUAAAGGGCCACAAGCGUUUCUGCCGCUGGAGGGACUGUCAGUGCGCCAACUGCCUGCUCGUGGUGGAGAGACAGCGGGUCAUGGCUGCGCAGGUCGCCCUGAGGAGGCAGCAAGCCACAGAGGACAAGAAAGGAAUAUCUGGGAAGCCGCUUACUGCAGAAAGAAGGGCAAUAUAUCAACGACACAUCAGACCGUCCACCAUGCUGGCCAAAAGCAUUCUAGAAGGAUACCGUCCUGUGCAGCCUGAUCCUUUCCUGAGUCCUGGCCCGUCUCUGCCUCCUCUGAGUGACCGCAUGAGGAAGAGGAGGGCAUUUGCCGAUAAGGAGCUGGAGAGCAUCAUGCUGGAGAGAGAGUACAAAGAGAGGGAGCUUCUGGAGGCUCAGCCGGGGCCCAACCCUCUUCUCUUCCCUGGCAGUGUGGUGCACCAUGCAGCCGAGUACAGCUCCUACAGGAGCUACUCCCCUCCAGCACACUCAGACCCUCAAACCAAAGAGCUAUGCAGCUUCAUGGGGCCCAACUGUUUGGAGCUGCCGGUGCAGUACCCCAGCGGCUCCAAUGUGGAGCUCAUCUCCUCCAACGUGAGCGUGGCCACAACUUACAGACACUACCCCCUGCACUCAUCCAGAGGAGGGCUGGUCAUGUGGCCCCGUGGGCCAGCUAACCUGGGCGACGCGCUGCUUUACCAGCAGUGUCUGCUGAACGCUACAGCUGUGCAGAACAUGAAGCCUGGAGCAGUGUGGGAGCCCAAGCUCAUGCCCACGGAGAGCCAGCCCCCAGAGCAGGACGCAGCAGCUGUGACUGCGGCCAAACUGGAAGGUUCCAGGGCAGCGCUACAGGAGCCUGUGGAGCCCAAACAUAACAGCACUACAACAGGACAGAGACAGAGGGAGUGCUCUGCAUUCUCUCCCCCCAAAAGGGGCUUUGCUCAGGCCUUCCCCACUAACUCGUCCACACACCACAGCUCUGUCCUGCACAAACUCAGCAAAGACUCUGUGAAACACAAAGUGAGCACUCUGCACACUCUCGUACAGGACAAGAGCAGCAGCGCUCCGUCGUGUAAGGAGCUGCUGGAGGAGGCAGCUCGGAAGUUCAGAGACUCUUGUGUUAGAGACAAUGUGAAGAUAUCCAUGUAUCCCAAAGACUUCCUGUCCAAACCUGUGGGGACAAAGAUGUCCCCUGGUGAGACACUGUCCUUCUCUGUAGAGGCCAUCCUAAAGAGACCUACAGCGGCCGUGAGUGCAGUGUUCCACUGACUGUUUAACUGUUGCACUACAGUCUCACAAAAACACCAGAAGUCAAUGCUAUUUCACACAAGCAGCUGUAAUAUAGAUUAUUAUGCAGAGUAUUUCGAAUGAUUCCAGUGAUUCCUGUAUUUGCAUGUCUGAACUUAUUCCAUCUCGUGUUUUCAAACAUACAAUUGCAGCGUUUGUACAACCAAUGAAUCUCUUAAGUCACCAGCUAUUUUAAUUUUUCAGAAAAACACAUCAUGAAAAAAAGAAGAAAUGUUUUCACUUUAGUUUUGUAAAUUUGUUUGGUUAUUUUGUAGACAAUAGAUUUGAACAUAUAUUUAAAUACAGUUUUGGAAAUUGAAUAAAAAAUAUUUUAAAGUUA